AUGCGACGAUGCACAGAGUGUUUGGACGACGAUGGACAAGAAAUCAAAGCUCACCGUUCAGUCCGUUUUCAACUCACCGGGACUGUUCUCCGACGAUUUUUAUCAGAAGUUGACGUGAACAAAAUGCUUUUGCUUGGAAUCUGGUCGAUUGUGGAAGGAUUUGAUUCCUUCGGCGAGAAAAUACAGAAUGAUUUCGCCGGGAUUAAUGAUCUCCGCGCGCAAAAGUCAUUGAAUUCUCUAUUGCUGGAUGAAAAUUUGAGGACGAUUUUUAUUGCGUAUUAUGAAGAUACUUAUCAGUUGAUGAGGAGGAUAAAAUCGCUUCCAAGAGACAGCCGACAGACCCUCCGCAACUUCUACGAGCUCCCAGAAGUCCAAAAAGUCUUGGAAGAAAACCACAUUUCCACCCUUCUUGAAAAAGCGCUCAAAAUCCCGACACCCCCAAAAGUCCCCAAAACCGCUUCGCUUAUCAGCUCUGCUAUCCCGCUUUGCUCGAUAAACUGCUUUCUUGUUGGUUUAUUCUCAAUCCUCUGCUUUCUGCUGCCCUAG